AUCUUAAUAAAUAAUAAAAAGGGAUCAAAUAAAAAAAUUUUUGUGAAAUAUUUCAUCAAUAUAUUUCUAUCAAGGUGAUUAAGACUGGAUCUUUGAGUUUAAUAUUAUUUUUCAUCAAAAUAUGUAUAUAAUAAUAUAUUAUUUUGAUUUAUUAGACUGCAUGUACUGUUUGUCUUGAAAUGCAAUCUUUUUCUGUACCAAUUGCAAAUAUGUAAACGACUUAAGUAUCAUUAUUAUCAAUUAAAUUGAUUAUUAAUGUAAUUAUAUAUUAUUUUAAAAUUUUAGUUUAAAUAAUUAAUGCAAUUCAAGAGCGACAGUAUACGACAUAAUAGUGCAAAAGAACAUAAAUUUACAUAUUAAAAAUAUUAUGAAAAAUAUUUAAAUAAAACGUUAAAAAUAAUGUAUUUACAGUGUUAGUGUGACUUUUAGAAAUAUUAUGUUAUAAAGAAAUAAUUCAAAAACAUUUAUAAAAUACGAGUAUUACAUCAUAAUGUUCAUAAAAUCCAUAUAACAAUGUUUUAAUUUAAAAGAUUGAUAUAACAUUUUUUAUUUAUUGAAUAGAACUCGACAUGAAGUCUAUAUUGUUUUAAUUCACAUCAGUUUUCGACUUUCCACGCAAAGCGAGACUCUUUGAUGUUUUCCCAAUAAUUUAAAUACAUAUAAUUUGUUUUAUGUUUUAUUUAUCUACACAGCAUAUAAAAGUAGCACAUUAAAUAUAAAUUAACGUUUUUCUAUGCUAAUGUAUAUUUUUCUGUUUAAUAAAUACCGGCGAGCCUAAACGCUGAUUUGGUCCUCCUUCUUUCUUAUCGUCUUGCUAUCGCCACGUACAAAAAUGCACGUUUUGCUCCGUGCCUUAUUCGUGUAGAAGCGAAAAUGUUCUCUUAAAGAUCGCAAUGCUUUCAAGGAAGGAGAAACGAUAUAUAUAAAAGUGAUUUUUUAAAAUUUUAAUAUAGUCCCUUCUUUUCAGUAAUAUUAAGCAAGAAAAAUGAAAGAUUACAUCUGCAAGAUCUUGCUGUUGUGUGGAUUGGCUCAUUUUGCUACGCAAGUACAAGGUGACUGCCAAUACGGAGCCCAAGUUUUUAACGUGGGUACACAUACGGCACGUCCAUGCGCACACGUGACUUGUGAUAUAAACGGCGGAAUAACUUUGCUCACUUGUGCUAGAUCAACUUGUGGACUGCAUUAUAAAAUUGUUGGUUACACAUCCAUCGAUGAUAGCAAAACAUAUCCAGAUUGUUGUCCACAACCGAUUUGUGAGCUCGAUACUACCAAACUUCAACACUACUACCCAGAUAGCACGCAGAAUUUAAAAAGAAUUCUUUUUUAAUUUUUCAAAUUAUAAAAUAAAUUUCUGUUCUGAGCAUUUUUAAAACUAUCAAAAGAUUUUACUUUCAUGUCAAAUUGCGAGUUCUUUUAGAUAAAAAAAAAUUUUUUUUUAAAUUCGCAUUAAAGUUAAAAUUAUUUUUAAAUAAUAUCUUAAAGCAAAAAGAAAUAUGUAAAUGGAUGAUUCGCUUUAAAAAACGUCAUUCUAGAAGUUACAAAAGCUAUAAAGGUUAAAAGAGACGUCAAUGUCCAAGAAUAGUUAAUUGGGCGAUAAUGGAUUAAAGAACUGUACUUAAAUUUCUUGAUAUAAUUUUAUGGUUAAGUA